GAUCGGUCCAAGUGCUCUGGCUCUGUUCACAGUUCGCUCGAGUCCCCGAAGUAAGUUGUUCUGCGCCCUGUCUGGUGCUCUGUGUGUGUCCAUAGGAAAAAAGUGGUCAUAAAUUAGUGCAUUUUGUGCGGCCUAUUUCUCCAGUAUCUUACUCCGGACAUUUUAAUUGUUUGUGACUAAAACCUAGCAAAAACACGAAAAGUAAUUGCUACCAUGGCUGAGAAACCAAAGCGUCCUCUAUCAGCGUACAUGCUGUGGCUGAAUUCGGCCCGCGAACAGAUCAAGAAGGAGAACCCCGGAAUUAAAGUGACAGAAAUCGCCAAAAAGGGCGGAGAACUGUGGAGAGGAAUGAAGGAUAAGUCGGAGUGGGAAUACAAGGCGGCCAAGAUGAAGGAUGAGUACAACAAACAGAUGCAAGACUUCGAGCGAAACGGAGGAAGCAAGGACGCCGGAACCAAGAAAAAGAAAGGUGCAAAGAAAGUUGUCAAAAAGAGCAAAAAGAAGGAUUCGGAGGAUGAAGAUGACGAGUCUGGAGAUGAGAGCGACUGAACUAAUCACUAACCUUAAAAUAAUUAUUUUUAAUUUAUUGUGUAAAUGUUCGGGGCCUUACUUCAACUACAAAACCACAGCCAUCUCUUUCUCUCCCCCUGUCUUACACGCCGGAAACAGAACAGCCAACGCACUACUUGAGGACAGUCCUCGCUGUCCCCAGUCCCAGUAUUCCCGAUACUGACCCUGCUACGUACAUCGUACUAGUAAAAUAACCCUCUAAAACCACACCCCUCCCGGCACCCCUCGUCAGUAUAAUGAAAGGCUUUCCGACAGUUUGAUAAACCGUCAAAAAGAUUCCUUCUUCAUCAAAACUACUACCCUAAUACUGCUACUACUGUUCACUAACCAAAAAAGAUCUAUCAACUUGCCACCGCGUCACACACAACUUUACACAAAAUUGAAAUGAAAACGAACUAAAAAAACGUAAAAUGACAAGUGGAAAAAUAGAGUUUUACCUAUUGAACAACCAAAAACAACCAGGCCAAACGCGCAUAAUUUUAUGGGAAAUGUCUGCCCCCGCCCCUGUACCUACCCCCCCUUGAUUCAAGUUUCGAUAGUGGUAUGAUGGAUACAUGUUUGUUGUGUUCCUCCUCUGUCUCUUUGAAAUGAUGAGUAACAAGAAGAAAAGAAGCAUUUUUGGAAGAAUUUGGAAGAAAAGAUGACCAUGACAACACAACACACGCCACCCACCAACCAACACAACCCACCACCCCUCGAGUGUGUGGAGGAGAAGGAAAGGGUAAAAGCAGGAGGUAUAAUUUGGAUUUUUAUUUUCCAUGUCGAUUGUGAACGUCCUCUGUAUCUUGUUUGGGGGAGUCUCUCUUAGA